UCAGACUCGCCGGGCUCGCGGCAGCUUUCACACUUCUGUCAUGUCAGUAGGAAUAUAAGGGGAAUACACGCGCAGGGGGGAAUAUUUGACUGUGCGCAAGGGAGGCGUGGAGCCCGACACAGGGCUGUAGCAUGGGGUGAUGAGGACUCUCCUUUGCUAAUCUCAAUGCAGAUGACUAGUGAUGGCCACAGCAUCACCUCAACAUUUGUUGGAUGAUAUAAAAAACUCUGAAGAACAACAGCCAGGCCAACAGGAGCAGCAGGAAUUCUUGAGCUCCCUGGAGACCAUCGCUCUCUCUAUCUUUCUCUCGCUCAUCAUUAUCAUGACAGUUUUUGGCAACCUGUUGGUCAUGGUGGCGCUCUGCAAGGACCGACACUUGCGAAAGAAAAAGACAAACUACUUUAUUGUCUCGCUGGCGUUUGCUGACUUGCUGGUUGCUCUGGUUGUGAUGCCCUUUGCUGCCAUCGAACUGACCACUGGCCAGUGGCGCUAUGGAGAGAUUUUCUGCCUGGUGCGAACAUCUCUGGACGUCCUGUUGACCACAGCAUCCAUCCUGCACCUCUGCUGCAUUGCACUGGAUAGGUAUUAUGCCAUCUGCUGCCAGCCAUUGGUGUAUAGACACAAGAUGACCCCGAUGAGGGUGGCAGUCAUGCUCAGUGGCUGUUGGCUCAUUCCCACAUUUAUCUCCUUUCUACCCAUCAUGCAAAGCUGGAACGCCAUCGGGAUCGAGGAUAUUAUUGAAGAGCGGCGAGCCUUGGCGGGAGGCUCGAACGACACAAGUUGUGUGUUUCUAGUUAACCGGCCGUACGCCCUGAUCUGCUCUGCAGUGGCCUUCUACGUGCCGCUGGGCCUCAUGGUCCUAGCCUACCAGCGUAUCUAUGUUACUGCCAUGACCCACGUGCGGCAGAUAGAGACACUUCAACGUGCCGGCUCUGCUCCAGUCACCGGCACAAUUCCAGUCAUUACCGUGAGGACAUCCACUUCCUCAGAUCCUUUGGAGCAUUACCGCCUUAGGACACCAACAGGUUCCUCCUCCUCAGAGCAGGCUCCUGUAGGUCACAGCCGCAUGCGCAUUGAGACCAAGGCAGCAAAGACGUUGGCGGUUAUAAUGGGUUGUUUCUGCCUGUGCUGGGCUCCAUUCUUUAUCACCAACAUAGUGGACCCUUUCAUCCACUACUCGGUACCCUGGCAGCUGUGGACAGCCUGGUUGUGGCUUGGGUACAUUAACUCAGGGCUAAACCCUUUCCUGUACGCCUUCCUAAACCGGGCUUUUCGGAGGGCGUUUCUGGUCAUUCUCUGCUGCGGGGAUGAGCGGUACGCACGGCAGGGGAGCUGCUCCUAUGGACCAACCCACAGAGCAUGCUCAGCUGCAUCAGUCAAUGGGACAUCCAUGGCACUGAGAUUGUCCUUCCUGCCAAACCGGAGCUACAGCGACAAUGGACGGACAAUUCUGGCCAAUGAGCAGGAAUCCCAGGACUCUCUUGGACCUCUAUGAGGAUGACUAUUUUAAAAACAGAACUGUGAUGAACCUUGAGGUGGACUUCCUCAAAUAAUAGUGAUCGUGUCCCUUCUGGAUAUUCGAGCUAUGAUAAUGCAUCAUCAUUGUCUGAUUUACUUUACUUACUGGUCCUGUCCAUGGAUCUCUAAAGAUGUUCAUUACUCAAGUGUGGAGCAUCAGAACGGACUUGUUUGUUAUAAAAUAGUUGGAUCAAGGAACUGUGCAAAUGUUUCCAGGCAUGCUCUUAUUAUAAAGCCCAAAGAACUAGUCUGGAUCCUGGGAUCAGCGAACUGCAAGCCCAUCCAUGUUAACAUAAUGUGAGACUCAUUAACCUAACUUAAAACCACAAGCUGUAGCAGAGCUACCUGCCUGCUGCUCAUACAAAUGUUUGUUCAUAUAAGAAUACGGCUUCUUUUACAGUACUGCUUUCUUUUCCUGUCUUUUACCAGCAUAAACUAAACAGCUAAGGUGGCACUGGAGUAUGACACAGAGUUUUUAAAAAGGACUUCAUAAUUUCUGUUUUUCAUUUCUAAUCCUGCUGUGAACAAAAACACCAAAGACUGAAGACAUGGACAUUUUUGAUUGAUUUCUCCCAGGAAAGGCAUCAGCGGCAUCAUGCAGUUCAAACAGUGCUGAAGCACCUGCAUAACGUUUUCAUGGAACAUAAAACAUGGCCGGACUUUUGUAUGCAGGCCAGCCGCAAAGUUGAAGUGUAGCUUUACGCCAAUGUGAAAAAAUGUAUGUCAAAACAUUUAUCGUGGUUUUCAUCGUUCUGCAGAGAAUGACGGUGAUCUGUGUUGGAGAAUAUGCUUUACUUUUGUAAAUUUAUAAGAUAAACUUCUGUAACAA